UGGCUCUCUGCACUGCGUCCGGGGAGAGCGGCCGGUCUAUGGUGGUGUGCUUCUGCUCGCGCGGGACAUCAGUUGCGCGCCCCAGAGCGCCAGGAGCCCGACUGGCAGCCGGGACCGCCUUUCCUACCUGCACCCGUCGACAUCCCUGCACCCGGGACUCCCUGACUCUGCGCUCCCCGGAGUCCUGCGAGGCGCGUUCUUGCUCCGUGCCUUGGUCUCCGGGGCGGCGAGGGGAGAAGCAACCUGCGCCCGAGGUCUGCGAACGGCGUCCGGCGCGAGGUGCGGGAUGGAGCGCAAGGUGCUGCUGGCCAUCGCUCUGUGGCUCUGCGUCGAGACCCGGGCCGCCGCUAUAGUUCUGCCUAGUGUUUCCCCUGAGCCACCAAGGCUCAGCGUGCAGAAAGACAUACUUAGAAUUACGGCUAAUACAACUCUUCAGAUUACUUGCAGUGGGAGGAGGGACUUGGACUGGCUCUGGCCCAACAACCAAAGUGGUUUUGAGAAAAGAGUGGAGGUGACCGAAUGCAGUGACAAUGUCUUCUGUAAGACCAUCACAAUUCCCAAAGUGAUCGGAAAUGAUACAGGAGCCUACAAGUGUUUCUACCGGGACACUGACAUUGCCUCAGCCGUUUAUGUCUAUGUUCAAGAUUACAGAUCUCCAUUCAUUGCUUCUGUUAGUGACCAACAUGAAGUUGUGUUCAUCACUGACAACAAAAACAAAUCUGUGGUGAUUCCAUGUCGUGGGACCAUUUCAAACCUCAAUGUGUCACUUUGUGCGAGGUAUCCAGAGAAGAGGUUUGUUCCUGAUGGUAACAGAAUUACUUGGGACAGCAAGAAUGGCUUUUCUAUUCCCAGCUACAUGAUUAGCUAUGCUGGCAUGGUCUUCUGCGAAGCAAAAAUUAAUGAUGAAAGUUACCAGUCUGUUAUGUACAUAGUUGCAGUUUUAGGAUAUAAGAUUUAUGACUUGGUGCUGAGUCCUUCUCAUGGAGUCGAGCUGUCUGUUGGAGAGAAACUUGUUUUAAAUUGUACAGCAAGGACUGAACUAAAUGUGGGGCUGGACUUCCUUUGGGAGUUCUACUCUUCUUUGAAGCACCAGCAUAAGAGACUUGUGAGCCGCGACAUAAAAACCCAAUCUGGGAAUGAGAUGAAGACAUUUUUGAGCACCUUUACUAUAGAUGGUGUGACCCGGAAUGAUCAAGGGUGGUACACCUGUGCAGCUUCCAGUGGGCUGAUGACCAAGAGGAAUAAGACGUUUGUCAGAGUCCAUGAAAAACCUUUUGUUGCUUUUGAUAGUGGCAUGGAGUCUCUGGUGGAAGCCACUGUGGGAGAUCACGUCAGAAUUCCUGUGAAGUGCCUUGGUUACCCUCCCCCUGAAAUAAAAUGGUAUAAAAAUGGAAAACCCAUUGAAUCCAAUCAUACAGUUAAGGUGGGGCAUGCACUGACUAUCAUGGAAGUGAGUGAAAAAGACAUAGGCAAUUACACUGUCAUCCUGACCAACCCCAUUUCAAAGGAGAGGCAAAGUCAUGUGGUAUCUCUGGUAGUGAAUGUUCCACCCCAGAUUGGUGAGAAAUCUCUGAUCUCUCCUGUGGAUUCUUACCAGUAUGGCACCACCCAGACCUUGACAUGCACAGUCUAUGCUGUCCCUCCCCCCCAUCACAUCUACUGGUAUUGGCAAUUGGAGAAGGAUUGCAUCUACAAGCCCACCCAAGCUGUCUCAACAAACCCAUAUGCUUGUCAAGAAUGGAGGAAGUUGGAAGACUUUCAGGGAGGAAAUAAAAUUGAAGUCAACAAAAAUCAGUUUGCCAUAAUUGAAGGGAAAAACAAAACUGUAAGUACCCUUGUUAUCCAAGCAGCAAAUGUGUCUACUUUGUACAAAUGUGAGGCAAUCAAUAAAGUCGGGACUGGAGAGAGGGUCAUCUCCUUCCAUGUGACUAGGGGUCCUGAAAUCACUUUGCAGCCUGACAUCCCACCAACUGAGCAGGAGAGUGUGUCAUUAUGGUGUACUGCAGACAGAACUACGUUUGAGAACCUCACAUGGUACAAGCUUAGCCCACAGGUUCUGCCAGCCCACACUGGAGUGUUGCCUACACCUGUUUGCAAACACUUGGAUACUCUUUGGAAGAUGGAUGCCACCAUGUUCUCCAACAGCACAAAUGACAUUCUGAUCAUGGAGUUUCAGAAUGCAUCCUUGCAGGACCAAGGGAGCUAUGUCUGCUUUGCUCAAGAUAGGAAGACCAAGAAAAGACACUGUGUGGUCAGGCAGCUCACAGUCCUAGAACGCAUGGCACCAAUGAUCACAGGAGAUCUGGAGAAUCAAACAGCCAGUAUUGGGGAAACCAUCGAAGUUUCAUGCACAGCAUCUGGGAACCCCUCUCCACAGAUUACAUGGUUUAAAGAUAAUGAGACGCUUGUGGAAGAUUCAGGCAUUGUACUGAAAGAUGGGAACAGGAACCUAACUAUCCGGAGGGUGAGGAAGGAGGAUGAAGGACUCUAUACUUGCCAGGCAUGCAGUGCUCUUGGCUGUGCAAAAGUGGAGGCAUUUUUCAUAGUAGAAGGUGCUCAGGAAAAGACAAAUUUAGAAGUCAUUAUUCUAGUGGGCACUGCAGUGAUUGCCAUGUUCUUCUGGUUACUUCUUGUCAUCGUUCUUCGGACUGUUAAGCGGGCCAGUGGAGGGGAACUAAAGACAGGCUACUUGUCCAUAGUCAUGGAUCCAGAUGAGCUCCCCUUGGAUGAACACUGUGAACGCCUGCCUUAUGAUGCCAGCAAGUGGGAGUUCCCGAGGGACCGGCUGAAACUAGGUAAACCUCUUGGCCGUGGUGCCUUUGGUCAAGUAAUUGAAGCAGAUGCCUUUGGAAUUGACAAGACAGCAACUUGCAAGACAGUGGCUGUCAAAAUGUUGAAAGAAGGAGCAACCCACAGUGAACACCGAGCUCUCAUGUCUGAACUCAAGAUCCUAAUUCAUAUUGGCCACCAUCUCAAUGUGGUCAAUCUCCUAGGUGCCUGUACCAAACCAGGAGGGCCACUCAUGGUGAUUGUAGAAUUCUGCAAGUUUGGAAAUCUAUCAACUUAUUUAAGGAGCAAGAGAAAUGAAUUUAUCCCCUAUAAGAGCAAAGGGGCACGGUUUCGUCAGGGGAAAGAAUAUGUUGGGGAAAUCACCAUGGAUCUUAAACGUCGUUUGGACAGUAUCACCAGUAGCCAGAGCUCAGCGAGCUCUGGAUUUGUUGAAGAAAAGUCCCUCAGUGAUGUGGAAGAAGAGGAAGUUUCUGAAGAGCUGUAUAAGAACUUCUUGACCUUGGAACAUCUCAUCUGUUACAGUUUCCAAGUGGCAAAGGGAAUGGAGUUUUUGGCUUCAAGGAAGUGUAUCCACAGGGACCUGGCGGCACGAAACAUCCUCUUGUCGGAGAAGAAUGUGGUUAAAAUCUGUGACUUUGGCUUGGCCCGGGAUAUUUAUAAAGACCCAGAUUAUGUCAGAAAAGGAGAUGCUCGCCUGCCUUUGAAAUGGAUGGCUCCGGAAACUAUUUUUGACAGAGUAUACACAAUUCAGAGUGAUGUGUGGUCUUUCGGUGUUUUGCUCUGGGAAAUAUUUUCUUUAGGUGCUUCACCAUACCCAGGAGUUAAGAUUGAUGAGGAGUUUUGUAGGCGGUUGAAAGAAGGAACUAGAAUGAGGGCCCCUGAUUAUACCACACCAGAAAUGUACCAGACCAUGCUUGACUGCUGGCAUGGAGACCCCAAUCAGAGACCCACAUUUUCAGAGCUGGUGGAACAUUUGGGAAAUCUGUUACAAGCUAAUGCUCAGCAGGAUGGCAAAGACUACAUUGUUCUUCCCAUAGCAGAAACUUUGAGCAUGGAAGAGGAUUCUGGACUCUCUCUGCCUACCUCACCUGUUUCCUGUAUGGAGGAAGAGGAAGUGUGUGACCCCAAAUUCCAUUAUGACAACACAGCAGGAAUCAGUCAGUAUCUGCAGAACAGUAAGCGAAAGAGCAGGCCUGUGAGUGUAAAAACAUUUGAAGAUAUCCCGUUGGAAGAACCAGAAGUAAAAGUAAUCCCAGAUGACAACCAGACGGACAGUGGUAUGGUUCUUGCAUCAGAAGAACUGAGAACUUUGGAAGACAGAACCAAAUUGGCUCCGUCUUUUAGUGCACUGAUGCCCAGCAAAAGCAACGAGUCUGUGGUAUCCGAAGGCUCAAACCAGACAAGCGGCUACCAGUCUGGGUAUCACUCUGAUGACACAGACACCACUGUGUACUCCAGCGAGGAAGCAGAACUUUUAAAACUGGUGGAAACUGGAUCACAAGCUGGCAGUGCAGCCCAGAUGCCCCAGCCUGAUGCCGGGACUGUAUUGAGCUCUCCUCCUGUUUAAAAGGAGGCACCCAUGUCCCCCAACUCCUGGAAAUCACACACGCGGUGCUGCUCAGAUUGUCAAAUGUUGUUCUUUCCACCACCAGGAAGUACUACAUUUGAAAAAAAAAAAAAGGACCUCAGACUGCAAGGAGCCAGUCCCUUUAGGCAUUCCCUGAGAAGAUGCUUAUGACCCAAGAAUGUGUUCUUGUCUUCUCCCAGUGUUGAACUUACUCUCUCUUUGAUUCCUUCUAAAACCAUGUAUGAUGCCCUCUACUGUGGGUCUCCCAGUAGGUUAUAGCAGAUAGAGCAAUGACUCUGUCCCAGAAAAGUAGCAGGAUCUGGAGAGUUGACACCUUUGUAAAACCAGAAGAUAAAGCAGGCAGAGUAAAUGUGCUAGGUGUUGAAAACUGGAAAGACCAUUAGGGCCAAGUCUGGCAAAGAAGUUUCAUAUAGAAUGUGAGUCCAGAGCUAAGUCUUACAUAUGUGCUUAGGAUUGAUUAAAAGGAAGAUUAUGGCUGCCUGUGAGCACUCAGCGGAACCUGCAGAUACAUUCUGUUGGCACUGGUGGAGGUGGGCAAGGACUCUGUGAGGAAAUGUAGACUUUAAAUGAGGUGACUGGAUUUAGAAGAUUGCGUGCUCUUCCCAGUUGGGCUAAAUGAGAGUUCCUUGUGCUGUUUCCGACUCCUAAUGAGAGUUCCUUCCGGACUCUUACGUGUCUUCUGGCCAACCUCCAGGAAGGAAAUGAUGGAGCUCUGGCUCCUUGUCUCCCAGACUGAUCCUAUAUUCAGAGCCCCACAAAGAAAGGAGAUUCAGAUGAAGGCUCCCUGUUGUGUUGAAGACUUCUGACUUUAUACAUCAGCUUCUGGUUUCUUCUGCAUGAAUGAACAACACGUAUCUGUCCCAAUGUAAUACGUCUGGGCCUGAAUGCAGUAGGUGCCAUAUCCAGCUGUGGUGUCAGAGCUUCAAGGGAUUUUACUUUGUUCCUUCAUCCCUUCCCUUAUUAUCAUGCUCUAUGAAUCUUCAUCCAGUCUGUAUUUUAGUAAUUUGGCCUUUACAUACUAGUGAAAGCUAAUUUGGCUUAUUCACUCACUGAAUGGUUAUUAGCCAGAUUUCAAAAGUAUUUUAUAGUCAAACGUUAUAAUAACAUCUAUUGUAUUUUUUUAGAUUUCUAACACAUAAAGCUUUUUCUACUGGUUUUUGCCAUUUCUCUUUCCUUUUUUUAAAGAAGAAAAUGGAUGUUUUGUUUGGUGCCAUAGUAUGAGAUGCUGGGAACCAUGACUAUAAAGCAUGCUAUGGCACAUGUAUUUAUAGUCUGUUUAUGUAGAAACAAAUGUAAUAUAUUAAAACCCUAUAUUAUAUAUAGUGAACUUUGUACUAUUCACAUUUUGUAUCAGUACUAUGUAGCAUAACAGAGAUCAUAAUGCUUUCAGCAACUGAUGCCUUUUUAUUAAAAAGUUAUUGAACAUUUUGAAA